AAACCGUCGGUUCCCCGCAGCCCGCGCUUAGCAGCUCCGUCGCACGUCCGCCCGCGGGGCAGUGAGCGUGGCCGGCGGCUGGGCGCGCGGGCACCCGAGCGGCCCAUGUCCAGCGCGGGCGAAGCGGCCGCUCCCGGGCCAGCGGCGGGGCAGCACUGCGCGGCCCAGGCGGGAGGCGGCCGGCUGGGGGCCCCGGCCCAGGAAAAAUGUGAUAAAGAAGUUUCUGAGAGAGAUGGAACUCAGGCUCCCAGUAACUGCUUCGCACGUGGAGAGAUACAAGAUCAGUGUAUCUGGGGUAAUUGUUCAGAUGAUGAACUCAUCCAAACCCAACCUCAGCGCUUGCCUCAGCUUCAGACUUCAGCACUGGAACCGAAUGAGGAGGAAACAAGCAAGAUAAAGAAUGGCCACACAAGCCUGAGCAAUGGAAAUGGAAUUCACCAUGGGGCCAAGUCUGUAUCGGCAGAUAACCGAAGACUUUCAGCACCUGUUUCUCAAAAAAUGCAUAGAAAAAUUCAGUCCAGCUUGUCUGUAAACAGCAAUAUCAGUAAGAAGAGUAAAGUAAAUGCUGUCUUUUCCCAGAAGACAGGCUCUUCACCUGAAGACUGUUGUGUCCACUGCAUCCUGGCCUGCUUGUUCUGUGAAUUUCUGACCCUCUGCAAUAUUGUUCUGGGACAAGCUUCAUGUGGCAUCUGCACCUCCGAAGCCUGCUGCUGUUGCUGUGGAGAUGAGAUGGGGGAAGACUGUAACUGCCCUUGUGACAUGGACUGUGGCAUCAUGGAUGCCUGUUGUGAAUCAUCAGACUGCUUGGAAAUCUGUAUGGAAUGCUGCGGGAUUUGUUUUCCUUCAUAAAUAUUUAUCUUUAGUUUGUGUUAAAACUGGAGAGUGUUUUCCUUUUUUUUUUUUUCUUCUACAGGCUUGGAAAAAUACAUGAUAAGAUUCUCAUGAAGCAACCCAGUCUUUGCACUGUUUAACUCAGUCUUUUGAUUUCUGGAGGUCUUUUUCCUAUAACUAAACCUUCAUGGUUUAAUAUGUGAAAUGUUAACUACUUCUAACUUUUAAACUUCAUCCUAGGUUACAGUGACUGAGGGACAUUUUGACACACACACACACACACACACACACACACACACACACGUAACACACAAAAUUAAAUGUCUCUUUUUUAGUACAUAUUUCUAUUUCUUUGGAUAUGCCUCUUGCUCCAAAAUAUGUUGUUUUUCAAUGGCUAUUUAAACCAGCUUCUUGUUGGUGUUUAUCUGUUAAUAGGUUAGAGUAAGUGUCUUUAAUAGAGACCUGAGGGAAUAAACCCACACAGUAGUUAGACACCUUCUGUCUAUGUUCCUAUAUUCCUGCACUAUUUUCACUUUCUCUGCUUAUUCCACAGACAUUCAGUAGGGAGGGUCCUAUAAUCUUUUCCUGAGACACAGAUGAUGGCAGUCAGCGCUUAUCCGGACAGGAGUAGACACUUUAAUAGAGGGAAAAAGACCAGUGAGGAAUGAACCUGUUUAGAAGGCAUAGUCAAAGAGAGGAUUAGGACAGAGAGAAACUCAAAAGGCUACUGGUAGGGUUAUACUCAAAGAACAGUUACUGUUUUGACAAGUGUUCCAGAAGUUUCAAGAAUGGGGCAUUUGAAGAGGCUUUUAGGUUGAGUGAUUCAUCUGCUGCUUGAAUGAAUUAUUUAGAUUUAGGACAAAGCUUUGGGUGAACAACCUAAACUGGGGUGCCCUUAAGCAGAUUAAAAGAAAAAUGCUUUAAAUAUGUAUUUUCUUUAGCUGCAGAAUACAUUCAUUUUAGCUGCAAACUUUAAAUUAACUAAGAAUAUGCAUUUUUACUCUAAUUAAAAUGUUAUGAUAGUUUUUGAUUAAAAUGCCUUGUUAAUUGGUUAAUUUUACAGAGAAUGUGGAAUAAUAUUGACAAAUUACAUUCAAAUUAUGCAUUUAAAUUGCAUUAAAUUUUUAAUACUAAAAUUUCCAUAUUCAGAAUUUGACUCCCCCCUCUCCCUCCCCCUAGAACUUUAUCCUUUUUUUGGAGAGUGGGGAGAUUGUUAAGACUUUUUUUUUUUUUACAAAAAAUUUGUAUUUUGUAAGUGUUAAUUUAUUUUUGUUGUGCUCGGGAUUGAAUCUGGGCUUCACAUAUGCAAGGCAUUUGCUCUACUGCUGAGCCAUCCCUGGCCCUUAAUGCCUGAAUCUUAAAUGCAAAUCCGUCCCUGCUACUACUACUGUGGGAUUCUUGAGAAACACUAUUUAAACACAUUCCAGUGUUGCAUUUUUAUGUUAAAUUAAACCAAAUUAAAAUAAGAUCAAAGCCUGGCAAGCUCCCCAUGACAUUCGAUAUGCCAAACACAGUAACAGCAAGUCUCACAAUGGAGAAGUUACUGGGCCCGCUUGAGCAAAUCGAUGAACAAUGAGAGAACAGUGACAGUGACAGUGAUAUAUAGUUAUUAAAACAUGGAGAUUGUGUUGCAGAUGAAUCGAUAGUAAAUUCUCUUGUUAUGUGUUCUCAUUGAUAAUUUUGAUCUCCCCCAAAUUAAUUUGGUUUGAUUUGAUGAUUUAUAUGCUUUUGGGGUAAUAGUUAUUAUUACAUGUGUUUGUGGUAUCAGAGGUUGAAACCAGGACCUCAUAAGUUUAAAGCAUGUGCUUUACUAUGAAAUCACAUACUUGGCCCCAAUAGUUAUUUUUAGUGCUUUAUUAAAUUGAUAGUUAAAACAAAUGUUCUUUUGAGUUGAAACAUAGGUUUUACUCCUAUCAAUUACUUAAAAGGCUUU